AUGACCGCCCGGCCGCUGCCGCUGCUGCUGCUGCUGCUGCUGGGGGGCGCCGCGGCCCGGCCCGGCCCGCCCAGGCCGCCGCGGCACUCGGACGGGAUGUUCACCAGCGAGCUGAGCCGCCUGCGCGAGAGCGCGCACCUGCAGAGGCUGCUGCAGGGCCUGGUGGGCAGGCGCAGCGAGCCGGACACAGAGAACGGCACGGCCUGGCCGCAGCCUGCCGAGGAGCAGGUCCUCCUGCUGUGGACCGACUCGCCCGCCCUGCUGGCCUGGAGGCCGCUGAGGAGCCUGGAGCUGACCCCCAGCCCGAGGCGCGGGGCGCGGGCCCCGGUUCCGGAGCCAGGGGAGCCGGCCCGCCGCCUGUGACGCCGCAGCCCG